CCGACCUGACCUUAAUUUGAAACAAAGACGACAUUGUUUGAGGAACGACAGGGUUUACCUAUCGUUCAUGUAAGCCAAACGCCUGAAGCUCAUUUUACUGCAGGAUUAUUUGUACUAGAGAGUUUUGUGGUGAUCAUUACAUGUUAAAGCAAAGAAAUUGGCAACUAUGCUGGAUGAAGAUUGGGAUAUUCUGGAUAGAAAAGCACUGGGGGUGAUUUGGUUGUGCUUGUAUCCAUCUGUAGCAUUUAACAUAUCUAAAGCAACAACAGCUGUUGAUUUGAUGAGUAUUUUGGAAAAGUUGUAUGAAAAACCUUCAACAUCGAAUAAGGUAUCGAGGACGUAAAGUCUUAAUCAUGGCACUGGCCAUGCUUUCUAAAAGAAUUUGUACAAAACUCAUGUCUCAACAUUCUCAGAAUCCUUUGCCUGUCUGCAACACCAUUUUCCGAAGCAUCUCCAAACGAACAAAAUACCUAAAGGAAGUAGAUCUAGCAGAUUUCUUGAAGGCUGUAGGCAAUGGAGUUGAGACACAUACUGAAAAACUUGCAAAUGAAAUCGGAGAUUUGCAACAGCUGCUCACGAUCAGAACUUUAAAGCUCAAGAAGAUGGGGAUUCCUUGCAAACAGCGAGCUAUAUUUUGGACAGAAUGUUUGCUUAGCAAAUGAGUCCUGGAAUCAUGAGGAAUAUCCAUGAAUUGGAGUGGUAAAUGAGAGUGUUAGAGGGCUUGAAAAUCCAGUAAGGAAUAUGCAUGAAUUGAAGUGGAAAAUGAGAGAGUUGGAGGCCUUGAAAAAUCCAGUAUUAUUGUAAAACAUUUGAUAUCGUGAAGACAUCAUAGAAUUAGCUAUUGUAUGUGCAAGUAGUAUCAGAAAACAUUUGGUAUCCUGAAGAUAUCAUAGAAUUAGCUACCACAUGUGAAAGCUAAGUGAUCUAGAAAAUUUCCUACAUGAUGAAUGGCAUUGUAUGUAAGGUUUUUGAUUCAUGUAAGAACCAAGAAGCAUUUUUGUAUGCUUUGGUACAAUUGGCAACCAGCAAUAAACAAUCUUGCAAGGGGUUGGAUUUCAUGGAAGCAGAUUAUUGUAAAACAUUUGAUAUCGUGAAGACAUCAUAGAAUUUGCUAUUGUAUGUGCAAGUAUUAUUAGAAUUUAUCUGGUAUCCUGAAGAUAUCAUAGAAUUAGCUAUUGUAUGUGAAAGCUAGGCGAUUUAGAAAAUUUUCUACAUGAUGAAUGACAAUUUUAUGUAAAGUUUUUGAUUCAUAUAAGAACUAAGAAGCAUUUUUGUAUGCUUUGGUACAAUUUGCAACUAGCAAUAAACAAUCUUGCAAGGGAUUGGAUUUUAUGGAAGCGGAUGGUGUUUAUUCAUACUAUUUUUAUCUUUGCGAGUUUCUCAAAAUUUGGACUUUCCACAACCUAAAACAUAGAAAAAUGGAGUAUUUGGCGAUUGUUCUUGAAGAUUUAUUUCUAUUAUCAUUUUAGUCGGAUGGGAAGAGUUUAAAGAAUAAGGAUGCUGCUGCAAACAUAAACUUUUAGCCUCUCGUUUCUUGAAAGGAGUCAGUUUGCAAGAAUGCUAUUGCUUGUUAACUGAGAUUUACUUUUUGAUUCUUGUUUAAUAUCAUGUUUCUGUUGGUUCAUGUUGUGUGGGGAGAUUCCUGCAAUCUAAGCAUAGAUUGAUAAUUGAUUGUAGUAGUUACUAAGCUGGGUAGCUUCUCCAUGAUUUUGACCUGAUAGAAAUUCUUUCGUAUUUGGCAACAUAGAAUUUGGAGACACUGAAAUAUGCUCGAAGCAACCUUAGUUGAAAAUCUAGAUUUAGUCUUAGGCUGUGUAAAUGAAUAGGAAAAAAUUACUAUUUGUAAAUUUGUUAUGUAUGACUAGUGACUAGUGACUACAGAAUAAUAGAUUCAGGCUUGGAAUUAGGAAAGGGCGGGCAGGUCCUCAUGCAGCUGCUUAAAUGAAAUUAUUAAUAAUGUUUCAUGCAAAUAAAAUUUAAAGGCAAAUUUAAAGGCAAAUAAAAAGUAGAGAAAAAAAAUGGCAAAGCCAUGGGUCAUUUUUCUCAAUAAGCAGUUGCUGCUUAUUUCCAGCUCCUUUUUUCUACAUCCUAUUUUCAAUUGUUAAGCAGCAGUUGCUCCACAAAAGUAGGAAAAGAUUCCAAAUUUUUCUUUUCCUGAUUAAAAAAUUAUAUGGGGACACUCUCAUUAUUUUUUUAAAGCAGAAAAUAGACUUAAGCAGCUGCAUGGGGACAUGGGUUAAUAGCAAAAUCUUGUCACGUGAUUAUUAAUUGAACUGUUGCUAUACGAUAUGAAAAGGUGUUGUAAGCAAUAAAAAUCUUGGAUGGUUUCACAAUUUUUCAUUUCAGAGGAAGCGAACUUUGGAGACACAGGAAGCAAUUGCAAGAAUUUUGAGUUAGCAAUCAACAAAUUAUUAAAUUAUGCUAAUAAAUAAUUACUUACCAACUAUUGAAGAAAUUCUCAUAAAUGUAUUAACAACUACACCGGAAAAUAUGUAAGGAUCAAUGGGAGGGUUAAACAGUACUAUGCUUGUGACGUAUUUAUGGAAGGCUUAGUGGCAUUGUAACAAUCUUGUGUGCAUUUUAAAAUUAGAAGAUUAAGGGGGUGCAAGGCUUAGACAUUGAAUAAUUCUGUUUCAUUUCAAGUAAAGUAUAUUGUAUCUGGCUAAUACCAUUGGUUUUUAUGCUUGUCCUGCAGAGAAAAUUGAUUUUACGAUUCACACACAAGUACAGGCUAGGAUUAUGGAGACCAAGGGCGGUUGA